GGGAGAGUUGGAGAGAGGGUUACAAGCAAGGUAUGAAUUCUUAUUUCGCGAACCCGUCGCUCUCCUGCCAUUUAUCCGGUGGUCAAGAUGUUUUGCCUAACGUACCCCUAAACUCCACCACCUAUGACACAGUUAGACAUUUUUCGUCGUACGGUGCCGCUGUGACCCAGAAUCGGAUAUAUGCACCUUUCUACUCUCCUCAAGAUAAUGUGGUGUUUGGGUCUGGCAGGGCACAGUAUGAGUAUGGAUCAAACGUGUUUCUUCAAGACAAGGACGUGCUUCCCAGCUGCAGACAAACAAAUAUGGGACUCAAUACACAAAGCCACAUUGCUCAAGAGUACAGUCUGGAUCAAGGAAGAGCAGCAGCUCAGGAGCAGAAAAGUAACAUCCCGAUCUACCCGUGGAUGCAGCGAAUGAACUCACACGGCGGAGUCGGCUACGGGACAGACAGACGCAGAGGACGACAAAUAUACUCUCGUUACCAAACGCUUGAGCUGGAGAAGGAAUUUCAUUUCAAUCGCUACCUGACCAGGCGCAGACGCAUCGAGAUCGCGAAUGCGCUUUGUUUAACAGAGCGGCAGAUCAAAAUCUGGUUUCAGAACCGACGCAUGAAAUGGAAGAAAGAGAGCAACCUGACCUCCACGGUGACAGGAACUGAACAGACAGGAGCGUCUCAAGAGCAGGAACGCAAUGGCGCAAUGGAAGAAGGGAAGGAUGAAGACAAGAAGAAAGAAUAGCUCAAAAUAAUAAUAAUAAUAAUAAAAAAUUAUAAAAACCACACGAUGACCAUUACAAACCAACAUAACUACCUAAAAAUCUACAUGGACUCGAGAGCGACUUCACCGCAUGAUUGCUACCACGCAGCUCUCACCAAUUUUAUUUCGUGUUGGACCACAGGAGUGUUGAUCCUUAGAAAUCCAAAAUUAUUUCAGCCACAGUUUGUGUGGAGAACUGAGGGUUUUUUGUUUUUGUUUUGUUUUUUAUUGCAAAUAUCACACUUGUAUUGUGGAAAUAAAAAGAAGUAUUAAUUUCUACCUAUCUUCCUAUGCCAGGAAAUCUGUAUAUUUACCUACCCCCCUCUCACACACCCCAUCCAUCACUGUGAAACUCUUUGAUCACCUCACUAUAAUACAGUGUUGAUCUGACUAAACUCAUUACUGUACAUGCACAUUCCAUGGAGGCAAAAGAGCGGGCGGACACUUGAUCACAAUGUAAUCUAUUACUUGAAUCGUCCGCAGGAAAAUGGGCCCUGCAUCAAACUAAAAGUAGUAGUCUCCAGUCCGAACACACACAUGCACACACAGACACGCACAGACACACACGCAC